AUGCAGGGCAAGGCGGAGUUUUGUGGGGAUGCCAAUAAAUUGGAAACACCGGCGAGGGGUGUCAUGGACGGCGAUUCUAUCUCUACAGGCGAUUCUGACCGAGGUGUAGGUGCGAUAGCCUGGGUAGAAAAUAUUUCAGUGAGUUACAUUUGGGACGACUUUGCCCUUGCCAUUUUGGAUGCGCGGUUUGGCGGGGUACACUCUUCAAUGGUCGAAUAA